AUGGUUCUCCAAAAUGGCAGCAUCACCGGCAAGAUGCAUGAUGAGUUGAUGCAGCUCACAUUGCAAAUCAGGAAUCGGAAAGAUGUUGACAAGAAGUAUGCGAGCUUUCGUGGCGACAGGCUCUUAGCAACGCUCGAUGCCGCAUCUAUCGCCGGUAGCCUGUCCGACUACAGUGUUCUACGACAACAGUUUGUUGAUGACCAAGUCAAGAAGAAGUACGAUGCUAUGUUGCACCCCGAUGGCAAGUUCAAUAGUGUAAUCAGUCCUCAUCUCGGCCAGGCCGGCGCUCCUUAUGCGAAGACUGUGCCCUCGAAGACCGCACCUCUGGGUGCCUUACCUGACCCCGGUGACAUUUUUGACAAGCUUAUGGCUAGAGAAGAAGGUGGUCGGCAGAGUACGUCAGGACUGUCUAGCAUGCUGAUUUACCACGCCACAAUAAUCAUCCACGAUAUCUUCCGGACCAAUGAUAACGACAAGAACAUUUUAGAUAGCUCUUCCUAUCUCGAUCUUUCACCUCUAUACGGCUAUACAAUGGAUACGCAGCGUAAGGUUCGCGACAACAAGUACAAGCUCGGCCUUUUGAAGCCAGAUACUUUUGCUGAGGACCGUCUCUUGAGGCAGCCUCCUGGCGUUUGUGUGAUGCUGGUCAUGUACAACCGUUAUCACAAUUAUGCUGCCCGGACACUGCACCGAAUCAACGAAAAUGGCCACUUCUCAAUCCCAGCCAAGUAUGUAGAUUCGCAGCUUGUGUCGGCUGUCAAGAACUUCCAUCGCCCCAAAGAUGUACCGAUUGCCAUUAAACGAUUCGAUCCCGAGGUCGUCGAACAAUGCAAUGCUUAUGAGGUUGCAUUGAAAGCGUUUCAGGCGGCUGAUACAGGCUCUGACGACUGCAAGAAUUCCAAAGAGGCCGCUCAGCUUAGCGAAUGCGAAGAAGUCCUGAACAUACUUCUAUACGCCUGGACAAGUCGGCAAAAGGUAGACGAGUUCAAGGGGCUAUACGACGCCGCUUGGAAGAAGCUCGACGAUGAUCUUUUCAACACUGCUCGUCUGAUCACAUGCGGCAUGUACAUUCAGAUAUCUGUUCAUGACUAUCUGCGAGCUCUGAUGGGUUUCCAUCAAUUCGACACCAACCUUACAUUUGACCCUCGUAGUGACUUCGAUCAGAAAAGGACCACUCGUGGCCUUGGGAACCAGGUGACGGUGGAAUUUAACCUGCUCUAUCGCUUCCACUGUGCAAUUUCUUUGAAGGACGAGAAGUACACGGAAGACUUCAUGAAGUCCUGGCUGGGACUCGAGAAACCAGACAGCACCUCGCUGCAAGGCUUCCUAGCGGCGAUGGCGACCAUGGGCAAAGACGCAAAGGCCAAGGCUGAAGCAGGCGAGCUACCGCCAGAGCCAUGCCAGGUGACUUUUGGUAUUCCGGGAGACGAGACCAGGCAUUACGAACGCAAUAAGAUCACAAAUCUGUUUGAUGAUCAGCACUUGAUAAAUGCGCUCACUUCGGCAAUGGACGACCCAAUCUCUAAUUUUGGUCCUCGCAAUAUACCAAGAUGUUUGAAAGCAGUCGAGAUCAUGGGCAUGACCCAAGCCCGAAAGUGGGAAGUAGGUACCCUCAACGACUUCAGAGAUUUCUUUGGCCUGUUCCGGCAUAAGAGCUUUGACACCAUGACUAAGAAUGCCGACAUACAGAACGCCCUGCGAGAUCUGUAUGAGCAUCCUGACAAGGUCGAAUUAUAUCCGGGCAUAUUCUGUGAGUCGGAUGAAUACAUGGGCCUCGAUCCAGGUCCUAGCGAGUCGAAUUCUGCGCUGUGGACGGCAAUCUUUUGUGACGCUAUCACACUCGUGCGCUCAGAUCGCUUCUAUACGGUCGACUGGAACACUAAUUCUUUGACCUCCUGGGGCAUGAACGAAGUCACUGCAGACAAUGAGACGCUGAAGAGCUCGGUAUACCAUCGUCUGAUUCAGCGAGCAUUUCCGGGCUGGUUUCCCUACGAUUCUGUGCGGUUCUUCCAUCCUUUCUACACGUCGCAGCAGAAUGCCAUAUAUGCCAACGCUCAAGGCUAUGCACCGCAGUUCAAGAUGUCGAAGAUACCUGAUAUUAAGGUGAAAGAUACAGACCAAAAAGCUUAUGAUGUCUCGAAAUCCGAGCCCCAGAAGCCUCGCAAGCCGAUAUACCUCACUGACAUCAGCCGCAUCCGUUCUGUUUUGGACGACCACAAGGAUGACUUCAUGCAUCCAGCCCUGCUGCACCGCGAGAAUCUCCCGAAGGCAAUGCAAGACGUUCUUGACCCGGCGUAUGCGAAGCCAGAGUGCGUAGGUCUUGACGAGUACAUGAGGCAGUCGGAGCCAGACCUGGUGAAGUACCUGACUGAUUUGAUGCAAAUAAUCGUCAAGAGCAGAUCAAUUGCGAUGACCACUUCAACUUUCCAGAUUGAUGUCACCCGAGACUUCGCAAUACCAGUGGCAACACGAUACGUGGUGGACUUCCUUGGUUUCGGACACCUCAUGCGCACUGAGACUGACCCUAGCGGCACAUAUACCGAGAACGAGAUAUAUCAGCAUAUCACCAACUGCCAGACAUUCCUUUCCUAUAAUGCUGACGAGACCAAGUUGCUGAAACGUCGAGGAGCAUUCAGGGCUUCUAUGGCGAAGCUUACGGAGCUGACUUUGCACGGCAAUGUUGCGCAGGCAGGAAUCCUUGGCAUGUUCCAUAGCUGGUACGAGGGAUGCGCAGUCAACCCUAUGACACGGUUGGGCUCGUUCUUUGCUCGGAAGAUCUUGGAAUACACCGGCGAUUCCCAGAAAGCGGCCGCUAUCCUUCUACUUGUUUGCCUUGACUUUGCAUACGAGUCUGUUAACACAUUCACGGCUGUGACGUACAAGCUUAUGCAUGAGCUGUACGCAGCUGCUGAUCGCCCAGCUGCGGACGCACAGCAUCAGCCAUGCUGGCUCGAAGUUCAGGACCUAGCACUCGAUGGAACGAAUGAAGCUCAGCAGACUAUGGAUCACAUCAUCCAAGAGACAGCUCGGGCUGCUGUACGACUCCCGAUACUUCGAACAGCAACUCAAGAUGGUGCUUUGACGGCAGGAGAUGGCUCCACUAUUAUGAUCAGGCAAGGCCAGAUGCUGAUACUUGACACUCACAAGGCGAUCGAACAAGCUGGAGACGAGGAUAGAGCCGAUGCAGUCACUUUCCUGGCAUACCGUUCGAGCUUCGUAGACAAGUUCGAUGCGUUCCAGCCACGACGCUUUGCAGUACUAGCCUUGACAUCCAUGAUUGCGUUUGUUGCCAAUAUGCGGAACGUGCGCCGUGGACACGAUGCACAAGGCAAGCUCAAGCGUAUCAAUCUCGACUGGACAGCUGAAGGUUACUCGAACUUUAUGGCACCUGGAAGGAUGGAUUGGAUAGCCAAGCAGGUGGAGAUGCUCCCAGCAGACGACAAGAACAAGAAUGUCUACACAGAGAAUGUAUUAAAACCCGAGACAGACACAUACCUGACACCGAGCUGGGACGAGAUGGUGCCGUUCCCGAUCACGUGGAAGAUCCGCUUCGAUGGUUUCGGGCCAUCGGAUUAUAGCACCAAGGAGCACCCGUAUGGAUGGCUGACCUCACCCUUCGUGCCUGACGAUGCGCCACCGUGGUAUCAGUCGCAGGGCCUCAGCCAUCUCGGAGGCACUUUUGCAGAAGUGGCGUAUAUUUGCGCGACGCCGGGCACAAAUUGUCCAUGCCUCAGCACCACAAGCGGCGCGUCUAAGACGAACGGCGCAUCACUUCGCGUGCCUGCCGCAGCAGCACUGGAACCGACAUUGUCUACUGGCUGCGGUCUUUCCAGCGAGUACGCGCGUGGAACGGGUCAGGUGGUCGCCAGAUGA